AUGGUGUUAGCAGAAGGCUCUAGCAGCAGUGGGGAGCAAUUAGAUUCCAUUCACAGGCAGAUUCGAGGCAACUGCGAAAACGACCAGAGAGUCCUGUGCGAGGAUCCAAGAAGUUUGGGAACACAGGCCCCUCGGUCGGCCCCUCGAGAGCGCGCACUGACGCGCUGGCAGUCGCGCGCCCGUCUGCAGGAUGGAGAGCACCCGGGUCGCUCCGCACCGCCCCCGUCUCCUCCGCACCGCAGGCCCCUCCCGUCCGGGGGCCCACAUCCUCCGCUCGGCCUUCCUCUCCCCUCCGCAGCGCCCACAGCCCGAGCCUUCCAGGGCCGCGGCUCUGCUCGCUGCGGGGCGGAGCCCUACGUCACAGGGGGCGGGGCCAGCACGCCGCUCGCGGCUAGCCCCGCCCCUCCGGCAGAAAAGGGGCGGGCUUGGCCGGUCCACAGCCCGGAGUUCGCUCUCUACCCCCAGGCCGUCGUUCCACCGAGGUAUCCUGGCCCUUCGGCGAGGCCCUCUCGGGCUCCCCGAGCGGACGCUGGGACAGAGGCGGAGGCUGCCGGCCGCCAUGAAGGACCGCCGCCUGCCGGGCGCCGCGGCGGAGGGGUUGGCGGGCUGAGCGCCGCGCGGGGCCGAGGCAUGCGGAGCCCCGCAGGGAGCCUGUUCCAGGCGCUGCCGCGGCUCCUGCAGCACGCCUCCCUCCCGGUGGUGGUCGGCGUGGCCGAGGUGAGGCACUGGCGCUGCUGCUGCCUCGGCAGCACCUGUUGGUGCCGGAGCCUCGUGCUGGUCUGCGUGCUGGCCGCCCUGUGCUUCGCUUCGCUGGCCCUGGUCCGCCGCUACCUCCAGCACCUCCUGCUGUGGGUGGAGAACCUCGACUCGCUCCUGGGGGUCCUGCUAUUCGUCGUGGGCUUCAUCGUCGUCUCCUUCCCUUGUGGUUGGGGCUACAUCGUGCUCAACGUGGCUGCUGGCUACCUGUAUGGCUUCGUGCUGGGCAUGGGCCUGAUGGUUGUCGGCGUCCUCAUCGGCACCUUCAUCGCCCAUGUGGUCUGCAAGCGGCUGCUCACUGCCUGGGUGGCCGCCAAGAUCCAGAGCAGCGAGAAGCUGAGCGCCGUUAUCCGCGUCGUGGAGGGAGGAAGCGGCCUCAAAGUGGUGGCCCUCGCCAGACUGACCCCCAUACCUUUCGGGCUCCAGAAUGCAGUGUUUUCGAUUACUGAUCUCUCAUUACCCAAUUAUCUGAUGGCAUCUUCAGUUGGAUUGCUUCCUACCCAGCUUCUGAAUUCUUACUUGGGUACCACCCUGCGGACAAUGGAAGAUGUCAUUGCAGAACAGAGUGUUAGUGGAUAUUUUGUUUUUUGUUUACAGAUUAUUAUAAGUAUAGGCCUCAUGUUUUAUGUAGUUCAUCGAGCUCAAGUGGAAUUGAACGCAGCUAUUGUAGCUUGUGAAAUGGAACUGAAAACCUCUCUGGUUAAAGGCAACCAACCAAAUCCCAGUGGCUCUUCAUUCUACAACAAGAGGACCCUGACAUUUUCCGGAGGUGGCAUCAAUGUUGUAUGA